CUAGUCGCUUGGAUUACCUCAUCAGCUUGGACUGACCGAAACUAUUGCUACGGAUCUCAUCAAUAUUGAGCUUACCACCAGCCGCUACUCACCCAAUACUCUCCCUACUUGACCUCGAUACUCUUCACCAGAGCUACCGAGUACUCGAACACAUACGACUGCCCCGAAACUCGUAAUCGUCGCGACUGCUAUUCUCGAAGUGCAAUCGCAGAAUGUUCAACCUCUCUGAAAACUCCAGCCUUCGUGGCUCGGGUCACUUGAUCCUCAACGUCUUCCGAGCGUUCAACAUCAUCGGCCUCUUGGCCGUGAGCGCCGCCACAUGGACCAUGAUCGUCAUGUCCAUUCUCAAGGGCAACUUUGCCUUCUUCGAUUCGGCCUCCCGCUUCUUCACCUUUUGCUUCGCCGUCUUCCUCAUUGUCUCCGAGCUCAACGUCUUCCGCGCCUACUUUAUGCGCAACUGGCCUACCCUCUCGCCCGAGCAUGGCCUCAGCUGGCUGGGAAUCGCCAUGGUCGUCAUGGGUUGCCACGUUCUCGCGGGUAUCACAUUGCCUGCCUACUCUGUUGAGACCAUCGGUCUUCCUCUUUGGCGUCUCAUCCUCGCCUCGGGUAUUCUGGCCAUCACCUUUGGUUUCUUCAACAUCGUCUCGUCCAUCGUCUUCCGGGAUGGCAGCAACGGCAUCAACGCCCGCAACAUUCGCAGCGACGGUACCCUUGCCUCCGGCAAGAACUCGUACGCUGACGGAUACUCUGUCAGAAGCAACUCGAUUCGCAACGAGAAGCCGAACAAUAAGUUCAAGCGCCUCACGCAAAAGUUCACACCUUGGAGCAAGAGCAACGAUGACACCAGCCCUCGCCCCAACAUUAGCCACCCUAUCACUCACGACGUCGAGCAGGGCCAUGAAUCAGAGCCUGACUACGACGAAUCCCGCCGCAGCCCCAUCAUGCCUGAUAUCUCUCGUCCGGCUACUGCUCUACACCCCGCCAUGGCUGGCCACCGCCACACCAAGUACAGCCUGGCCAGCAACGUGAGCCGCUUCUAAGGAGCGGUGAUUACUGUUCGCGCGCGAGUUGCUUCUCUGUCUCUAGGAGACGGGGAUCGAUGGACUUCACAGCAGCCUUGGUAUUACAGAAUAUGCAUCCCUAUUGGGCAGGGUGGAAAGGCGUUUCACGGAUGAUUUAGUUUGGCUUUGAAAAAAUACCCGGCAC